AUGCCGUUACCGAUCAUCGCCCAUUGGGUCAUGGCCGCGGCCGCAACCAUCGGCGCGCUUUUCACCAUUGAGGUUAUGAGAAACAGUCUCUCGGUUCAUCAAGGAUAUGAGAUAUUUGGUCGAACUCCGUUUGUUGUGAAUGCGCCAUCCGCUGAAGACAUCUUCCACGAUCUCUACCAACUCCUGACACCCCCAAACAAUCCGUCGACUGACGACCUUCUCAUACCCAAAUCCUCAGCACCUGCAAUGGCUUUUGAUGCAUCGCUGUUGGAAAACUUCAACGACACCUCAAUCAAUGCAAUUCUAGUGGAAACGGGCAACGGAACACUGACAGCCAUUAAUACGACCGGCGUGAGCAUUGUACCCGUUUCACCGUAUGACGGACAGUCUGAGGAUCACGUGGAAUCGAUCAUGAUCUUGACCACCUACUGGGACAAAUUUCAGGCGUGGAGAAAAGAGUGGGCCAAAGGAUACAAGCCUUUGGAACCCUUGUGUAGGGUUGGCAAGAAAAUAAUCCUCUGCAUUGUCAUUAACACCGUGGUGAUUAUAUCCGGAUUAGAAUGGGAGCUUCAGGUGCUAUGGCUUGACAUGAGACGCGAACGAACCGAGCCAAAGCUUGACGCAUCUACGUCUACCAUGAAACCUCAACUCUGUUGUGAACACUGCUCUCAAAAGACUCAACAAGAAAUCACUGUUGUUGCUCCUGGUCCAUUGCAUACUGACGACUUCGGCACCAGCUCGCUCGACAACAGCUCGUCAAGCGCAACACCCAAUCUUUCCUUUUCCACUAUCAUCACCGUUGAUCAAACACCAGAACCGAUCGCUCCUAUCACCCCAACAUCCCCCAGAACAGUGCCGGAGAAAGUUGCUGACGCAUCUGAAUUACUGACAUCGAUACGUGCGUCACGAUCCAAGCAAAUCGUCCCGAGACCAUAUGUUUUGGCAGUCGCCUCGCCCUCGUCACAAGACCCAUAUGCGCUUACAGGAAACAUCAAUCCAGCAUUCAGUGCUUGUACUGAACAGCAAGAACGUGCCCUAGUAACUGCUGUCUCCACUCCAUCUUCGCGUUUUGCGUCUCCUGUCAGACCAGACACAGCCGCUCACCAAUCGGAACCACCCUCACCGAAUCGUCAAACGCUGUCGGAGCCUAUGGAGCCUACUCCGUCAGGUCUUAGCGUGUCAAGAUCACCUUCACGAUCAGCUUCAAUUCCAUCUAUCACACCGACAGAGAGCGCAAAGCCUUUGGAACACAAUGAUGAGGUGAAGGGGGAUGAUCUAGCGCCAGCAGAAAAUAAGAAGCCGGACAGCACAGCUUUAAAGCCAAGUGCGGCUGUCUCAGCAGAAUCGUCAUCCGUUGUCCCUGCGUUAUCGACAAUCAUCGAGCCCGUCCUCGUCGUCGACCCAGUCGCGCAAGAUGAACUCCCGACAUCUCCAUCAUCUCCUGCCCUUGAGCCGGGUGAGCUAAUCUCAUGCGCUGCUGAUGCGGCCUACACAAACACACAGGAGAGCCUUCGAUCUUUUACUCCGGACACUGAGACCGUCAUUUCCCCGUUAUCUGCCCAAUUCACGCCUCAUUUCAAGCCUGAAACAGCGGCUCUCACAUCGCCAACAUUAUCGAAAGUUCCCUCGUCGACUGAGGAGACCCUAGCGGCGAGCGAAAUGAAAAGAAGCGAAAAGACUCAGCUGUCGCCUACAGCCGCUCCCUUCAUAAUGCCAAUUCCCCUGACGCCAAAACAACCACGGACAGCUGUGCGAGCAGAGCAGGUGCAGCAACCGCCUGCACCUAUGACGGUAGCGCCUCCUCAUACAAGCGGCACGAAGACUCGACCAUUGACGUUCAUGGAACAGCUCCUCGGCCCUGAAGCAAUGGCGGUCAAAUACGCUGAACACGGUGUUCAACAACGACCAGAUCCAUCGCCGCGGCCUCACACACAGGAACGGAAAGCGCCACGUCGUGAUGCAAAAUUAUACAUCCCCCCUGGUCCUAAGAAUCAGAGCCCUGCGCCGACGCCUGCUCAAGCGCCAGAGAUGGCUUCUCAUAUAUUCUAUGAUCCCUACGGAUCACAAAACAUCAAGCUUUGUCCAAAGGACAAGGAGUGUACCAACGCAGGCUGCAGCAAGGGGCACCAUGGUCCGCGCGUACCCCCCUCAGUAGAAAUCAAGCUCGACCAGUUCUGCAGGGCCAAGAAUCGGUGUGCGAAGACGAACUGCUAUCGUUACCACUGCUCGCCCGCCUAUCAUGAGUAA